AUGACAGAAGCCACCAAAAUCUACGUGUACGUCCAGCUCGUCUGCCCCGCCAAGGAAGCCCCAAUUCUGACGAUACUGAAAAUCCUACAGAAACAGGAAUCUUAUAUUUCUGCCAAUCGGUUUCAUUCAUCUGGAUGGGAGUUUUCUGCACACACGGAGCUGCUGUGUGUGAAUACCGGCUUAGACCGUGGUUCUGUGCCGGACUAUCAGAUGAAAGGAAUUGCAGUGCAGACAGAACAGGAGCAGACACAGGAGCGGACGCCGGAGAUUCUGAGCCGUCAGGUUCACUUCACACAUUACAUGAUGACUCCUCCAUGGACGUUCACCCUGUGUUUCCUCUUCACUUGGACCUUUGGGGGAUGUAAAAAUCUGACCUUGGUGCCCCGAUCAGAUUUAUACUCGCUACUGGCGAACAGACACCUGCUGACUGACGCACAGCUGCGGCAGCUGCUCAAUGUGCCAGCCAACGGGGUGUACAAGGAGCUUGUGGCUAAAGAUUGCAGAGCGGCCUAUCUUAACAUGAGAAGAAAGAGUGGGCUCUAUGUGGUGUGGCCUAAGGACUCCCCUCCAAUGGUGGUCUUCUGUGACCAGAGUCCACAGGGGGGCGGCUGGACCUACCUGCAGAGGAACUCACGGCGGGACACUCCAUCUUUUGAGUCACAGAACUGGACCCAGUACAGAGAUGGGUUUGGCGACCUGAUGAAGGACCACUGGUUGGGCAACGACCUGAUCUACCACCUUACCCGGCAGAGCCACUUCAUGGUCAGGUUCCUCCUGGUGGACAAUCAGGGUAACAGAUUCCAUGCAGACUAUUCCAGCUUCAGGGUGGACAGUGAGGGCGACGACUACACCCUGAGGUUGGGCGACUACUCUGGGAAUGCUGGGGACGCACUGACCAUCUUGAAAGAGACAGGGACCCACGACAACAUGAGGUUCUCCACCACAGACAGGGACAACGACCGGUGGAACAAGAACUGCGCCGAGGCCUCCGGAGGAGGAGGGUGGUGGUACGACAGCUGCCACACUGCCCUCCUCAAUGCCGACCACACCAUCUCCUGGGGCGGUCUGUGCAACGAGGGCAGAAGCUGCCGGGCCGCAAGUAUCAUGAUCAAACCAAGCAGCAAGAACUGCUCCCCCAUCCCGCUGCCCGGGGCCGGGGAGUAUUACCCCAUUCAUAGCCCCUCAUAG